AUGACCGAUCCGAGAAGGGCGCUUUUACCAAAGAUCUUUGGGCCAAUUCUCGGACUUCUCAUCUUAGUCCUUCUGGCUGUUCUCAUCGCUAUCUUCUACUUAAGAGGUCCAAGCGAUUUUUCGGAUAAUUAUCGUCAGUCAUCGCGAGAUCAAAACGGGAAUCUCAUCACUACACAAUCUCCAUUACAAAGAUAUCAAUCAAUACGAGCCAACCGAAUGGCUGCUGAUUUGGUGACGACAAUGAACAAAGCUUCAAAUGUGUCAUCUAAAAUCUCAAUAACUUUGAAUUCAACAAUGGAAGUAAACGUCGACUCAAAUGAGAAUCUAAAGCUUGAAAAAAGAAAAGAUGGUAUUCUAUUGGAUAAUUCUGGAUUCGAAUCAACUACCGCUAAAAUUUCGACAACAACCGAGUCUCAAGAGUUCUUCAAAGCUUUAGUGAACUACUUCUAUGGCUUGAAAAGUGGCGAUGAUGUUAGACGAGGAUUUGUCAGUCAACGUGUUCAUCCACCUUUCUCAUUUUUGCCG